GCUACGUUCAGGACAACGUGCCUGUGACGUCACGGGCUCACCCCGGCUGCGGAAGCCGCGAUGAUGUAAACAAAGAAGCGGAUCAUCGAAUAAAGUUCGUUAAAACGGAUCCGGAGCAAAGAGACGGAGGAUGGAGAUCCACAAAAUCUGAACCAGAUCCAGAACCGUUAUCAGAACCACGACCAGAGACAGAGCCAGAAACAGAGCCAGGACCGGAACCAUGUCCAUGGAAGACCCGUUCUUCGUCGUCAAAGGGGAGGUACAGAAGGCUGUGAACGCAGCGCAGAGCCUCCAUCACAGGUGGAGCGAGCUGCUGCAGGAGGGGGAUGGAGCCUCCAAAGAGGAAAUGGACUGGACGACCAAUGAGCUGAGGAACAGUCUGCGCUCCAUCGAAUGGGACCUGGAGGACCUGGACGAAACCAUCAGUAUCGUUGAGACAAAUCCUAAAAAGUUCAACCUGGACGCUGGUGAGCUGUUGAAAAGAAAAGCCUUCAUCACCAGCACCAGGAACACAGUGAAGGAAAUGAAAGAACAGCUGUCGAGUCAAGCUGCUGCAUCCGUGGACAGAAAGAAAACACAGGCUCUUCUCGGUGAGCGUGGUGCUCGAGGUCCAAUGUGGAAGCCUGGUCCUGAUAAAUACAUCCGACUGGAUCAUCAGCUACAGAACGCCAACACUCAGUUUAUCGAGGAGCAGCAGGGGCAGCAGCAGCUGAUAUCUGAGCAGCAGGACGAACAAUUGGAACUCGUGUCAGGAACGAUCGGAGUCUUGAAGAACAUGUCUGAGCGAAUUGGGAUGGAGCUGGACGAACAAUCUGUGAUGUUGGACGACUUCGGUCAUGAGAUGGACAGCACUCAUUCCAGACUGGACAACGUCAUGAAGAAAUUGGCCAAAGUGUCUCACAUGACCAGUGAUCGUCGUCAGUGGUGUGCUAUUGGAGUGUUGCUCGCCAUCCUCUUUGUCGUCCUCCUCCUCUUCUUCAUCCUUUGAUUUCAGUUCCGAAUUCAUCUAUGUCCUGUUUCUACUGAACUCUACACGUGUCUCUGCUGGACUAGGGUGGGGUACCGUUCACAUUCGAGCCAGUACUGGUCCCUGUACCUGGAAGUCUGUACUGGUACCCUUUGGUACUUCUUUUGGUACUUUACUCUCUUUUUCUGCAAAGAGAAUUUCCUGUUGCCUCCACCUCGCGACAUAAUUCCACUACAAACGCCUAUAGAGAAAAUGUUUGUCCGGAUUCCGAUUCACCACUGUAAGCAAAUGAUUACUAUAAAAGUUGUGUAGCUUCUGUAUGAUGGACCCAGAACCUGAGGGAAAGGUAACACAAACACACACACACACACUGACUCCGCUGCUUUGAUUAGUUUGUUGCCACAACAUCAACACUGAGUAUCACAUAAUGAUCAAUUAUUUUCUCAAUGAGUCAAAGCCUUCUUCCUCUCUCGUGCUGACACACACACACACACACACACACACACACACACACACACACACACACACACACACACACAGAGUGUUUAACUCAGUCUGGGUGAAACCACAGACUUUGUAAAGUUAGUAAAUGUGUGUAGAUCUGUCUGGUGCAGAGCUCAGUGUGAAUGACAGACACACAGAGGAGCAGUAAAUUACUGACAGUGCUGCUAAAAACUGCACCAGUGACUCACCAUAGUUCUGAGCUUGGCUUUUUUCAGGGUGGGUCACAUGGUCUCUCUCUUUAUUUAACCUAUACUCUCUCUUUCACUCUCACUCAUCUAUACACUCUCUCACCCAGAUGCCCUCAGAGGUAACGAAAGUUUGCACCAAUAGAUUAACGUGAAUCGAAGCUGGGUAGUACUGACGUAAUUCGGUCAGUUAAAGUACAGAGACCCGUACCCCACCCUACUCUAUACUGGUCUUUACUGGUCUCCAAUAGUUUCCACUAGUUUGAACUGGACUCUACUGGACUCUUCUGAACUAUUUAAUGCCCGUUUGUUGAGUUUGAAAUUGUUAGUCUGAAAACAAAGUGUUAACACUAAAACUGUCUGUUGUUGUUUACAGUUUGAUUUUGUUGAUUUUAAGUGACUGAAACAUUUUAUUUGUAUCGUAACGUUUUAUUUCAUUUUGCUUUAUUUAAUUUUAUUUAAUUUAAUUUUUCCUGUAACGUAUUGAUCAACACACUCCAGUUUAUUGACUUUUCUACUGUUAAACUACUUGUCAAUUAAACCAUGCACUUCUUGCAGCUCUUUCACAAUAAAAGUGUUCUUGUGUGGAACAAGAACAUUGUUCCACACAAAGUUCACAUUACACUGUGGCUUUUGAGGAGCCUUACUUUCUGGUGAAGUCCAGUAUUUGACUUGUCACAUGGCAACAGUGAAAAUUAUCCUACUGUUGAUAACAUUUCAAACUGGCUCAAUAACAACGUAAGAUUUAAGGAAUGCAUGUAAUUGGCUGAUCAGAGCAAACAAAAACCAAAUCAUUAAAGCAGGAGGACACAGGUUACAGCUUUGUGCUUCUCAUACACACUCCUUCAGGAACAGUACCUCACCUAAACUAAAUCUGCUGAGCAUUAUUUAGACUUUAUUCUUGUUUUUAACUACCACAAAAUAAAAUCUGUCUUUCCCUCUG